UGCACGAGGCGAGGAGGCGGCCGCCAGUGGGGUCUGUCCGGAUGCGGCGAGUGGCUGCUUGAGCAAGGAGGGUAAGGCGGAAGGGAACGCGGCGCUUUCACCAUGGGCUGCUGCACCGGGCGCUGUACUCUGAUCUUUCUCUGCACGCUGCAGUUGUUAGCUGCCCUGGAGAGACAGAUCUUUGACUUCCUUGGAUUCCAGUGGGUCCCUAUCCUUGGUAAUUUUCUGCACAUAAUAGCUGUAAUUUUGGGUUUGUUUGGAACUAUACAAUACAGACCUCGAUAUAUAGUUGUGUACUCAGUAUGGACUGCUCUCUGGGUCACAUGGAAUGUUUUCAUUAUCUGCUUCUAUUUGGAAGUUGGUGGGCUUUCAAAGGAAACUGACCUCAUGACUUUUAACAUUUCUAUGCAUCGAUCCUGGUGGCGAGAACAUGGGCCAGGCUGCAUACGAAGAGUGGUGCGUCCUUCAGCUCCUGGGAUUUUAGAUGACUUUUCCUAUGUAUCUGUGACAGGCUGCAUCAUUGACUUCCAAUACCUAGAGGUCAUUCACAGUGCCAUCCAAAUAUUGCUCUCUUUGGUCGGCUUUGUCUAUGCCUGUUACGUGAUCAGUGUCUUCAUGGAGGAAGAGGACAGCUGUAAGUACUGAUAUACACCUACCCAUCUCUGGAGCCACAAUCCUAGGGUCAAAAUAAGUGACGAGAAUUGAUACAGCAGUCGUGUUGAGCAGUAUUUUGCUGAGGAAUCAGACGGUUCAAGGGAAGCACCAUUUUUGUGAAGCUGACUCACAGAAGAGUGGUGUCACACAAUUAACCUGGACUGUGAAUUCUUCUUCCAAUGUGUGACUGAAAUCUUCAGUUGCAGCCUCAAUUUUCUUCUUAUUGUUGUUAGGUGGAUCCUUGUUAGAUUAAUUUUCUUAACAUUAUUCACUUUUACAGACACUUGUAAAUUGUACCUUUUUUCUUUCAUUUUUUUUCUACAAAUAUCUAGUGUUUAAGGCAUGAAACAAUUGAAUGUAUGAGAACAACAAAAGAUAUCUUCUUUUCAGAAAUUCAGCCAGUAUUUGAGGACUAAAUACAAUCAUACUGUGCCUGCAUGUGCUAGUUGGUAAUAUGACACACACAAACUAAGCUCAAAAAGUGUACAAUUGCCUUUAGAGGAGAGGGGAAGAACAUAGGCCGUAACACUUAACCAAUGGUCUCUACAGUGGUUUUGGCUACAAUCCUAAGUACAUUUUCCUGGGAGUAAGCUCCAGUAGAUGGUACUUACUUCUGAGGUGACCUGCUUAGAAUUGCUUCCUUUAUUUCAUGUUUCACCUACUGUAUACUUAGGAAUUGGCCAAUAAGAGUUAUUUCCAUUGUUUGUAAUGACCAUAAGUGUUGUCUAAAUAUUCUGAUGCCCCAAGCCUGUGUAUGCUUACUAGGAUGAAAGCCUAGCUGAAUUCAGUGGGGCUUUCUCCCACCUAAGGGUGCAUAUGGUUGCAGCCUAAUUACACACAGCUCUUUCUCCUGCUUUACACCUCUCUUGUCCCUGUGCAUUAAUUUAGCUGUCUAUGAAUGGAAAUUCAUUCACCAGAAAUUCAGGGCAGGUAUCUGUAUUUUCACAUAUUAUUAAUUUUUUUCUUGGAAGGAGCCAAACAACAAUGUGUAGUAUACUGGUAUAGAGCUGGGGCAGACAGCACUAACAGCAGCCUUCUGAGUCGGUGAAGAUUCACAAGGUCCUUAAUUUAACAGCUUACCAGAAGACAUUCGUUACAGAAAUGUGUAUAAAAAUGUGUAAAGUUACCUGUAAAUAUCUCUAGAACAAGAUUAUGUACCAAUGUGGCAGUUUGUUUUUUAUUUAGUUUUCAAUGGUAUAAAAAGUGAAACAACCAAA